UCUUCUGAUCUCGAUCUCCACUACAGUUCAGUUUAAAUGAAGUUAAAGAUUAACAAAGCGUGCGAUUUGAGUUCGAUUUCAGUUUUUCCUCCUCACUCCAGGAGAGCAAAUGCAAAUCCAAUACCUUUGGCAACGGAUUCGGCCUUGGGCAAAACCCAAGGCUAUCAGCACCGAUCGCAGCAAUCGCAGCAGUCGUUUUCGCAACCUUCAUCUCAGCUUGGAAUGUCGUCUCAGCUCUCUCAGAACUCACUUGAUGAGAUUGUGACGAAUGAUCAGAAAAUUUGCUCUCAAGAAAGGAAGAGUUCCAUGAAGAGGGUUUCUUCCUUGCCGCCAAUUGCAUACACACGAGAUGAGUCUCAGAUGGCAUUGUCAAUGUCUUCCAACAACCCUACACGAAAAUGGAGCUCUGUUUCAAUUCAAGAUCACAGAUGUCAGGUUACUGAAGAACUUGAGCACAGGAUUGGACUGAUGGAAACUUCACUGAGAAGGUUUGUAAGGGACCUAGACUCUGUUCAGGGUGAUAUCAUGCAAGUGAACAAAUCGAUUAAAGAAGUUCCAGGAAGGGUCCUCGACUCUGUUCAGGGUGAAAUCAUGCAAGUGAACAAAGCAAUUAAAGAAGUGUCACUGGAAAUGGAAGGCAUAAGGCAGAAGUUGAUCGAUCAUGAUAAUUCAAUACAGCUAAUGCUCAAGGGACAGGACGACAUCAAAGCCAGCCUUGAUGGGACCCUGAAAUCAAUUCAUGAUCAAUUGAAAAAAGAUUUGUACCAACACAAGUUACAAGAGACUAUUUCUGUGCUUUCUGCUUUACCAAACCAGAUUGAAGCACGAUUACUGAAGUUACAAAAUGAACUUAGUGAAGCCUUCAGUAAAGAAAUGGAAGUACGUAUGACAAUGGCUGGUAGUAUAAAGCCUCCAAACCAGAGUUGUCAGAUACCCACCAGUCAACCACCAAAGAGGAGAGGCUGUCGAGCUGUUCAGUUACAGAAAGAGCAACCUGUCAUGGACACCCAAGAGAAUAUUCCUCGUCUCAGUCAAGUGAUGCCUCCGAAGGUUAAAACACAAGAAAAUAUGACCCCAAAGAUAGAAACGGGAAGAUGGCGGUCUGUUAAACCACAAAAAGCUACUUCAACUGUUAGAGAGGAAAAUACAAAGCAAACGCAGGAGGAAAAUCACCUCAUGGAACAGGAAAAAGAAUGGAGAAUAAUUAUUGAGUCAGAUGAAGAUAAUGAUGGUGGAUUUUCCUUCUUUCUUGAAGAAAAGAAUUCGGGCGUAGGAAGCUAUUUGAUGGAGGAAACACGGCAAGAAACAGAGCAGAUUUUGAGGAGAGCAAGGAGAAGGCGAAAGAGAAAACUCCUAAAUCCCAUAAUUUUGAACUGAAGGAAAUUCAAAUCUGAGUAAUGCGUGCCACUGCAAAACAGAUGCUUCUGAAGCAUUACUUGGUUAGAAUUUACCUACACUGGGUGUCUUACUCCAAUUUUAGCUCAUUGGUUUGGUUUAUCUCAGUGAGCUUCUAAUUUGCUAUAUAGAGAUGGAAUAUUGCAAUUAGGUGAUGAUUGAGAUUAAAAUGCAGCUUUUCUUUUGAAAAAGAAAGAGGGAUUUCGUUGUCUACAUAGAGUCAUAGAUGCGCAUUUCCUAAAGAUCUAUUUGUGAUUCAUUGCA